CACCAGAUCCUGCUUAACCUCAACACGCGCACACAAAACUUCACAGAGCACGUUGGCAACGGCAGCUUCCAAAAUGUCGGGUUCGGCUUCCAGCGCCGAGGGAUCCAACAAUCGGUCAAUGCAGUCGCGGACCGGGCGGAGCAAACAACGGUACAACUCACAAGGAGAACGACUUGUCGCCGGCAUCGUGCCGCUCAGCGCAGACCGCAACCACGUCAUCCUGAUCCAGUCUACCCGGCGGAAGGGCUGGGUCCUGCCCAAAGGAGGAUGGGAGUCGGAUGAAUCAUGUCAGGAGUCUGCGGUGCGAGAGGCAUGGGAGGAGGCUGGCAUUACGGUCAACAUUGACUAUGACUUGGGCAACUUUGAGGAGAAGCGGCCGCCCAAGACGUCCAAGGACCGGUCUCGCUAUUAUUUUUACCAGGGCACCGUCCUGGACCAGCUGGACGAGUGGCCGGAAAAGGACAAGCGAGAGCGCGAGUGGUUCACCUACACCAAGGCAAUUGAGGUUCUUGUCAACAGACCUGAGCUCCAAGAAGCCUUGAAUCGCUCUUCGAUGAACAGGACAUGAGCAAGCUGGCCUUGGGGCUUGUGCUUUCGGCUGUCCUCGUUCUCUACAAAACCAUCCCCACC